UCAUUUGCUUUUCAAGUCAUAACAAAUUUUAAGCAACAUGAAGUUCCUAAUUGUAGUUUUCUUGUGCCUUAUCGUGUCUCUAGCUUUAGGAGAACACCAUUUUAAAAAACUUCACGAAAAGAAACAUAAACUUCACGACGAUGCUAAAGAUGACGAAUUAAAUGAAUCUAAACGUCUAUUUGGUUUGAGAAAACCAUGGUGGUUAAGACCUCCAGUAUGUUGUCCUUGCCAACCACCAACUACUGGUAGUACUAGUACGGAAUCUACAUCUACAAGUGAAAUAACCCCACCUAUAACAGAUGAAUCAACUUCUUCAACCAGUUCAGAAGCAACUCCAACUAUAUAAAAUGUUAUUAUACAAAUGUACAGACAUAUAAAAUAAAGUUUAUGCUGCAUAA